AUGGCGACGAAAAGCACGGCAGACGCAGGCUACGAAGUCACGCCCGCACCCUUUCCAGCACCUUCAAAAACCCAAACAAGCACCAUCAGCGGCCAUCCCACCACAGCAACAACCCUCUACUUCGCCGACAAGAUUCUUAUAACAAUCACCCAAAAUGGAAGAUUAGCACACUGGGUCCAUGUUCCCCUCGACGUCUCCGCCACGGACUCCUCCCUCACAUCCCACGACCGCGACCCGGACGAUCCCUCCAGCGAACUGCUACCCAUGCACCAGCUCACCGCGACCACCAUCCUCGGCGGCACCGUGCCCGAAUUAGACGUUCUGGGCCAGACGCUUGCAACAAAUAUAGCGAGCGCGAUCAAGACGCGAAACGAGCGCGAGCUGAGGACGGUCGUGCUGGGAACGGGGUUGGACAGAAGUAUGAAAGGCAGGGCCGAGUUCAGUGAGCUGGUCGGGCUAGUGCUAGAUGUGCUUUGA